CCGGCGCGGCCGCGGCGCCGGCCCCGGGAUGUCGCGCAAGAAGGCGGCUCGCAGCAAGGGCGGCGGUGCCGCGCCCUCCGCCGCGCUGCCCCCCGCCGCACAGGGCACCGGCCGCGCCGCCGCCGCCCCCCGGGGGAGCUCCGCCGCCGCCCCUGAGCUGCCCCGCAACGGCGGCGCCGCGGCCGGGCGGCCCUCGCUGAGUAGCAGCGGGGAGUUCUACGACCUCGCCUUCAAGGUGAUGCUGGUGGGCGACUCGGGGGUCGGCAAGACCUGCUUGCUGGUGCGCUUCAAGGACGGCGCCUUCCUCGCCGGCAGCUUCAUUUCCACGGUGGGAAUCGACUUCAGGAACAAGGUGCUGACGGUGGAUGGGGUGAAGGUGAAGCUGCAGAUCUGGGACACGGCCGGGCAGGAGCGCUUCCGCAGCGUCACCCACGCCUACUACCGGGAUGCCCACGCCCUGCUCCUGCUCUACGAUGUCACCAACAAAGCAUCCUUCGACAACAUCCAGGCUUGGCUGACAGAGAUCCAUGAAUACGCACAGCAGGAUGUGGUCCUCAUGUUACUGGGAAACAAGGUGGAUUCAGCGCAGGACAGAGUGGUGAAAAGGGAAGAUGGAGAGAAACUUGCCAAGGAGUACGGAGUGCCCUUCAUGGAGACCAGUGCCAAAAGCGGCCUCAAUGUGGAAUUAGCAUUCACAGCCAUUGCAAAGGAGCUGAAGCACAGGUCCAUGAAGCUGCCCAAUGAGCCCAAAUUCAAGCUCCACGACUAUGUGAAGAAGGAAGUGCGAGGCUCGGGCUGCUGCAGGUCCUAACAGGUGUUUGUACAGAGACUCAGGCCUGUGGGCAGUGUGUGCAUGUCUGUCUGUCGUGUCUGUGUCUGCCCCCAAGGCCAGCUGAGACCAGGGCAAAGGAGCAGCAGGAAAAGCUCUGGGAUUCUGCAGCCCUGUCGCAUCCAUCAGCUCCGGCUCCCCUCACCGGCAUUCCCACCUGGCUCACAGGUGGGAGGUGGGUGUUUGGGAAGGGGCUGGGGGCUCCUUCUGUGCCUGCUCUGUGAGGCUGCUGUAACCUUUGUGAGAGCCAGGGUGUGGCGCAGGGGAACCAACACCUUCUCCCCACUCAGGAGGAAAAGUCCUGAUUUUUUUCUGGAUAGGAAAAGUCCUGAAUUCCCUUUUCUUUCCCUGCAUACCUGGACUUCAGCUGAGAGCCCUGGCCUGAGGCAUGCAGGAAGGGUGUUUUAAGGCAGCCACUUUUGUAGCUGCUUUCUCCUGUCCAUCCCUGUGAGGUGGGACACACUUCCACCAUGAGGGAUUCUCCUGUUCCCUGCAAAGACAGAGCUUGGCUGUCUGUCCGAGUGAGCUCCUGCACACCUGGCUGUGUAGAGAUUUCUGGAUGUUCAUCCCUUCGGGAGAGGCUCUGGUUUUCCUCCUUCCGCCAUUUCUAGUACUUUGAGAAGAAACCUAAUGUAUUGCAGCUUAUUCUAAAUACCUUCCUGUAAGUGUGAUGGUGUUUUCAGACUGCAACAACGCUUUGAUAUCUUCAAAGUUUUCUUGGGCAGCUCUUUCUUUUCACCGCAGAGAGCUGGGGGGAAGCUGCAGGCAGUGAUUUUACAGGCUGCAGACUCCUGCCAGCUCUCUUCAAGGGCCUCCUCACCCCUUUGGUCUGUGUCAGGCUUUUGGCUGGUUUUUUGUCAAGCUGCACUUCUAAGUACAAAUUUAAAUCUGGAUGAAGUGUUUGGCCUUUGGCAAUUUUUCCCUUUGAAAACUCCACGCACACAUCAGCAGGUGCCCGCUGCACCGAGCCUUGGUGGCCUCUUCAAAUGGAAUAGAAUAACCCAUCCUUGGCCCUCCAGCCAGCACCCCCAGCUGCUGACUCAGAUGCCCCUGCCCCUCAUUUUGCCUGGGAUUUUGGCUCCAGCACUGCCUUCCUGACAGGCACAAGGAGCCUUCUGCAUCUCCCGUGUGCUCAGAGCUUCACUCCUCAGGGAGCUACAGCAACACAGCUUCACAGGGUGAAAAAGGCUCUUAAAAUGAACCUGUUUUUUCCCUAAAUAGUAUUUUAGGGAGAGGCGAGUCUUAAAAUUGUCUGAUCUAAAUUUUAAAUUCACUUGUGGAAAGCCCAUUCCUGCAGGAAUGUUUACAUUCAUGGCAAACCCGCAGGAGCAGCCAGGUGAGCUGUGAUGGGGGCCUGUCAAGGCCCCCUCAUCCCAGUAAUUUGAUUUUGUGUGGGGCAGGACCAGCUGGGCAGCUCCACGACACCCCUUCCUCAUCCUGGCCUUGGAGCAGCAGCAGCCCCAUCCCAAGAUGUCAAGAAAUCUCCCUAAAGGCAAAAUUUAGGAUUCCUACUGGGUUAGGAUUCCUGAUGUCAGGUUACUGCCUUCCCUCUCCCUCAGACUGGCAUUUUGCCUGUGUUACAAAGCUGACAACUGGUCACUUCUUGCUCAGUGUGGGUCCAAACCCAAUAAAAACUCCUCUAAAUGAGGAAGAUAGAAAUGUUUCCCUUUGGAGUACUUCCAACCUGUCUGUGGGGAACAGACUCUGCUACAGCAGACACCUCACAGCCAUGUUUGUGGUUUAGACCUGAACUUUGAGCAGGCUCAGCCCCUCUCUCCCAGUCAGCAGUUCCCAGUGUGGGACUGGUUUCCCAGUGCCUGCACACUGGCCCAGCCCCAAAGCUCCUCCUCACGGCCAUUUGGGAUUUUUCCAUGGGCCUUUGCUGCCACCAUGCGGAAUUGCUCAGUGCAGCGUUAAUUAUUCGAGUUAAUUGGUCAGUGCACCCAGCCAUGCGCGAGGACUCGGCCUCACCUGCAACAUCCCAUUUCUGCUGGCUCUUGUUUACAGCUUUUGGUUCAUUCCUGUUAAUAAAAUUUUUUAAUAAUC